AUGUCCACACGCUCCCUCUUCAACUCCCGAUCCAUAUCAUCAACUACAUCUAGACCACGUACCCUUCUCCUCACCUUCGACGCGUUUGGCACACUCUUCCACCCACGCCAACCCGUCCCAGAACAAUACGCGGCAACAGCCCACAAAUUCGGCCUCUCGCGCACAGCUAUUACCCCGCAAAGACUCAAAGCUGCAUUCAAAACCACAUUCCAGGAACAAGUAGCUCGAUAUCCGAAUUACGGGCGCGCACAUGUUCUCCUCGGUCAAUAUGGCGGUCCGAAACAGUGGUGGGAGGAGGUGAUCCGGGGGAGUUUUGCAAGAUCAUUAUCUGAAAAUGAUUUGCAUGAUAACACCACUACUCUGAAUGCUCGAGGUACCUCGAAUACAGGUCCUGAUUCCGAUCCUGAUCUUCCGACGGGCUUAGUCGAGGCUCUGGUGAACCUAUUUGCGGGUGCGGAGGGAUAUGUACUGUAUGACGAUGUUGCGCCGUUCUUUGCACGGAUGCGCGAGCUGAAAGCUGGGCCGAUGAGACGAUUUGAUCGCGUGAUUGUUGGGGUGGUUUCUAACUCGGAUGAUCGUGUUCCUGCUGUUCUCAAGGCGCUUGGAUUGCGGGUUGGUGAUUUGCGGGCUGAUCAGGAUGCGUCGAGUAUGGAGCUACCUGGGUUUGAACAACGGGGCGAAAAUGGGAGUGGUGACGAUUUCAAUGAAUCCCAUCAGAGUGCCCAGUCAGAUGUUGAUUUGGAUUUGGUUAUCACGAGUUAUGAGGCUGGUGAAGAAAAGCCCAACCGAUUGAUAUUCGAUGUUGCCGAGCGACAGGCUCGAUUAUUGCUGACGGUUAUUGGCACAAAUUGGACCAGGGUUCAUGUUGGCGAUGACUUUGUAAAGGAUUAUCUUGGCGCACUUGGUGCGGGUUGGCAGAGUUAUCUAAUUCGUCGAGGUGGGGGUGAAAAGGGUCCGAGGAGUAUAUCUUCAAUGAUUGAUUUGAUUCAUGAGCUUGAACUCGAUUCACCUUGA